CCACUACUGCAUGCAUACCUAGCCACCAGGCUGAGCUAACAGCGCCUCAUAGAGAUACCUAUUUAACAUCCACCGCACGCAGAGAAACCGCCUUUUCAAUUUUAUCCUAAUCUCCAACUAUGGACCCCUUAUCUGCACUUAGCCUCGCAGGCACCAUAGUCCAAUUUAUCGAUUACGGGAUCAAGAUAGUCGGAAAAGGUCGCGAACUGUACAAAGCUGGCACCCUGGGUUUGAACGAAGAAAUCGAGCUGACGACGACUGAGCUUCAAAAGUUCACAGCCAAAUUUCAGCAGGGCAAGUCCCAUGCGGGUCAGAAUAGUAUUACCAGAAAGCCGCUAGGGGAGAGUGACGUGGCGUUGCAGAAGCUUUGUAGUGGAUGCGAUGAGGUCGCGAAGGAAUUAUUGGUGCAGUUGGCCAAGUUGAAGCUCAAGACCGACCCGGAAGAGCCAAAGUCGGAUGCUCCCAGACAGGAGAAGGAACGAUGGAAGCGGCAGCUGAAGAAAAUUGCUCUUCUCAAACAAAGUCUGCAGCUGGGGCUGGAGAGUGUAUGGAAUCAGGGUGCGAUUCAAGAGCUGGAGACGAGGCUGGAGAAAUAUCGAGCAGCCAUCCAAACGCAGUUGCUAGGAUCAUUGGUGUCUGUCUGGCUUUGAGUAUAGAGUUGAGGUUGGAAGCUAACCAUGUUCCCUUCCAGAGACCAAGCAGAGUCAUUGGCAAAACAGCAAUCGCAGAGAUUCGAUGCUUUAGAUCGAGAGACAAAGCGGAUUGCCAGUCAACUUGUACAGGACAUG